CUCUUUUUUUUGCAUUGCUCGAGUAUAUAAAACAGAGUUUAUACUCUCUAUCACUUAACAACCCUUGUUCAACAACCGAUCAAUUUUUCUUUUCCUAUUCCAAAAAUUAUACAAAAAAACAUUAAAUAUUUUUAAGUAUGGCUGUUUCAAACUACAAUCCAAUCGAGGGCGCUACAGAAGCCCAGAACCGACUCUUAAGCGAUAUCGCCACAAAGUUCGACAUCAGCGACAAACGCCUGCACGAAAUAGCGCAGGAAGUACAAGAGUACAUUGUCAACGGACUGCAAACAGAUGACGACGAGAACAGCCAUCCACGCAGCCUCCCCUGCCGAGUAUCCUAUGUCAAGUCCGAGAUCACACAGGACAUCAAGGAGGCAGAGAAGGAAGAGCGCCUGGUGCUCGGUCUGACGAUUAACACGUCGACUGAGAGGAUCAAGAUAGCCAGCGUCAAGCUCGUCCAUGGCGAACCCGAUGCAGUCAACAAGCAGAUCUUCUACAUGCCCAAAGGAAUCAAUGACCCAACUAGACUGUUCGAGGCUAUUGCCAUGCAUGUCGCCGAGUUUAUAAACUCUCACAAUAUCGUGCCAUCGUCACCCACCGAGCCCCUGUGUCUGGGCGUCACCGUUGACUUGCCGCUAGAGGAGACCAGCAAGAUGGGCGGUCGCGUCGCUUGCGGCUCUAACGUCUGUCAUUGGUUUGGCAACGUCGACAUCGCCUACAACUUGAACUCCGCCCUGCUUAAACUGCACCUGCCGGUUAAGGUCACCUCUACCACCAACUGCGUCAUCAGCACGCUGGUCGCCGCCCAGCGGCUAUUCAGCCAGACCCGCGUGGCGCUGAUCCUCAACCACGGCAUCAACGCGUCGUACUACGAGGCGGCUGCAAAGAUCCCCAAGAUCUCUGGCUCUGAGCUCGCCAAUAGCUCGGCGCUAGUGGCUAUCAACACGGAGCUUGCGCGGUUCGGCGAAAACUCUAACGCCCUGUACCCAACCAUGUGGGAUCGCAGAAUCGACCGCGAGUCAGCGAACACCGGCAAACAUAUCUUUGAGAAACUAGUAGCCGACAAGUACCUCGGUGAAAUCGUCCGCAACCUGAUCACCGACUUUAUGGACGCGCAGCUUAUUUUCCCUAAAGACGCCGACGUCACAACGUUCAGUGAACCCUACUCGUUCUUCACCUCGUAUAUGACCAUUAUGGAUGACAAGUCCAAUGGCUUGCACGAGAUCGGUGAACUGCUCAAGGCUGGGUUUAAUAUUGAGGCGUCGCGGGUUGAUCGCCAGAUUGUCCGCGCUCUUUGCAGCAUCGUUGCUCUGCGCGCUGCUAGGAUGGUUGGCGCUGCGGUGGCUGGUAUUUACAAGAAGGCCUUUGAGGCCAUGCCUGAGCCCGUCCCGGCUGUGGUCUCCAUUAGCGGCCAGUUGACCGAUAUGAACCACCCCUAUGUUCAGUGCACCAUAGAUACUGCCAACGUACUUUUCAAGAGGUUUGGGAUCGAAGAGGUCACUUUCAAUGUGCUCGGCGAAGAUGGCUACACUGUUGGUGCUGCGCUCACAUCUCUCAGCAAGUGACAAA